AUGCGGUAUCGUUCAAAGAUUGUCAGUGGUUCAACUGCUGAUACUUAUGAGAGAAGAUUGAACAUUUUGUACCCUAUUUACAAAAAUACAGAAAUAAAACAAAAAAAAAUUGAAAAAGAAAAUCAUAUCGCUUUACCCAUUUCACGAACAAUUAUCUGUCAAGAUAAUGUUAGUUCCUUGUGGACUCGUCUCUUUACCAAUGAGCCAAGUAUUUUCGAAAAAAACUCUUGUCCUACUCGAAAUUGUAAAGGAAAUAACAUUAUAAAUAUAACAAAUUUUCCUAUUAAUUAUGCGACCGUCAUUAAAUAUGGAUUUAGUUCAUUACAAAAAGCCGUUGAAUUCGACAGUGUUAUUUAUAAUAUGCCAUGUAAAUAUUGUCAUGGAAAGAAAAGAACUCGUCGACAAAAACCCAACGUCUAUAUUUAUAUCGAGCUUGAUGUUAAAACUCCUGAAGAAACAAUGGGUCGAAAAUGUAAAUUACGAGAUCUACAAACUUAUUUAACUUUACCAGUAAUUGAUGAAGAUGAUAACGUUCAUCAUUUUCGUUACCGAUUGUCUGGAGUAGCUGGAUAUACGAAUAAUCAUUAUAUCGCCUACUGUCGAAGACUAUCUGGGGCAUGGAUAAGUUACGAUGAUACGACCAAGAAGCCAAAUUCUGAAGUUUCUAGUUGUGAAGUUUUGCCUCAUGGCAAGUUCAAAGACUAA